AUGUAUGAUCAGUUAAAUGAUGCUUCUCAGAGCACUGGCCAACAACUUGUUGGUUAUAUUACUUUAUUACAGUGUUGGAUAUAUGAGCACUUUCCUAAUGUUCAUGCGAGUGUGACUGAUGAUGGGUAUGAUGAGACGUCACCACGUGUCUGCCGGUGGCUUACUAUGAAGGCUUAUAUGAAGGGAUUAAAAGCUUCUCUGUACUGGACACGUAUAGAUGCACUGACGAUUCCUGACGGUGAACUUAGAUGGGGUCCCAUUGUGGUCACACUUCGACCAGAGAGGGUGGUGCAACAGUUUGGCUACGUUCAGACCAUCCUUCCACCGCCUAUUAGUGUCACCUUGUCAUAUGAGGAUAUCGACGACAGGUGGAUGCAUUACUUGGACCAUCUAGCAGCUGCGGGACAAGUUUGUCUUGUGCUUGGGCAGUGUUCAACAGAUUACAUGGCCUGGUUCUUUGGGAUAUCUCAUCCGUUUAUCACACCUACACAGGCAGUUGAUCAGCCCAGACAUCCACCUAUCCCACAACAUGAGGCAUACGUGGAACCAAAUAUCCCGGAGGAUGCUUACGAAGCGAUCGCAAAAAGGUUGAAGCGUGUGCUUAACCUAAGGAUGGUCACUGCAGGCACAGAGUUACAUAACAUCAUGGAAGACUGCCUCAGGAUCGCUAGGGGUGUCACCUCAGAUGGAAAUGUUUAUGUUAGGGAACGACGAAGAUGGCGCACAGAUCAUUCAUAG